AUGCGUCCGCAGAGCACAGUCCAAGCGGAGAACCAGCGGGACGCGGCUGACUACAGGACGGAGUUGGAACAUCUACUGCACGUCUACGAGCCCGGCAACGAGGCGUCCGCCGCGCAACUGCUGGAGACGUACGCGGGUAUGGAACACGAGCUUAUUGAGUGCUAUCGACACUAUUACGCCGGCAAAGGCAGCUUCCGCGUCGCCCUGGACGAUAACCAGGACGUCACCGGCUCGCCGCGCGCUGGGCCGCUGCAUCUGCCCACGUCCGCCAUCGGUACCUAUCUUCAGGCCAAACUGCAGUCGAGACGGGGCGGCGCUGCCCGCAACGCCAAGCUUGAAGAUGUGCGCGGCCCCACCGCAGCCGAGAGUCCUAAUAGAAGACACUUCGCAGCUGUCAUGCCGCGACGACGAGCCAUCAGCUUCACUGCUAGUUUGCGAAACGGAGACGAAGACGAGACUGGAUUGCUUUCACGACGACAGACGUCAGCUCAUAGGAUAUCCGCCCCGGACAAUUAUGAGAGCAGUGUAGGUGAACUAGCUCGAUAA